GUUAAGGAGCUCAAAUAGGUAACAGCUCGGGGCGGGGGUUUGACUGGAUGGGCCAUAUUAGUAUUCCGUCCUUUGGGUGCGCAGUGCUGCCAGAUACAGAGCCACGUCAGGCCUGUAGCAACUGCUCGUCUUCUUCUGCCUCUCCAAGGUUAGAUACAGGCCUGCCCAACCAGCCGGAAACACUCGAAGGAUCAGACGCUGGGAGCAUAAUUGACACUACGAUACCAGACGAUUAAGUUUUUGUUUCUUUGCGUUCAGAUUUUCCCCAACACAGAAGCUUUAGGUGUCGCGUAGGGAGCUGUAGAAUUAUCAGCCGGGACAUUGGCAGUGUUAUUUCGUCUCAAAAAGAAGGUAUUGCAGCGAAGACAAUAUCGUUAUCGCCCGUCUUAUUGGUGCUUAAUGGAAACUCGCAAUCAUAAAAAAUGGUUGCAUUUGGAGAAUAUCCGUGAAUGCGAUCGUCUCCUUCCGACAUCGGUGCGUCAGAGAAAACAACUCAGCUAGCUGGGCUCCGGGUUGGGUGUGAAGUCUUCACUGUGCACCGUGUGCUGCUGGAGUGAAGGUGACUUGCGCCCCGUCGCAGUCAAGGCAAUGCGGAGAGGAGUCGCAGGCGCUCAUCCGGUACUUCUCCUGCGCUCUGAGGCUCGUCUGGGAACAUAUUUACUUCGUCUCCCACUCUAGAGAGAAGGAAGGCAAGAGAUAGACGGAGCAAUAACAAUAAACGAGGUUUGACCCAGCCAGCAGUUGGCGAAGGUGAAUUCAGCGUAAUCGGAGAUAAUAAGGUGAACAGUAAGGUGCGGGCUAGUGAGGCAGGAACAGAGAAAGUGGUGGAGUUUGGUAGGGAAAUAAUACAAAGCCGUUCUGUAUUAGGGCUGUUUUAUUAGUGGAUGUGUAUGCAUGAGUUCUGCAUCGAAUGGGCGCAAAAACCGCCCCAGAUCAGCCGGGAACAUCUUCCAAAUCGGCAAGCCUCCUUCCCGCGACCCAGAGAGGAGGGAGAGCACCGAAAGUACCCGCAAAGCCCAGCGCGCCGUGGCCGACUGCAGAAUGAUCGUCCAAGAGUUCAACACGCUUGUGGCUCUGUACCGUGAACUGGUCAUCUCCAUUGGCGAAAUCACUGUGGACUGUCCUUCUUUACGGGCCGAAUUGCUGAAGACCCGAACUAAAGGCUGCGAAAUGGCGCGAGCUGCUCACCACAGUCUCUCCUUGAUAUCAGGGCCGGAGGACGGGGAGAUCCACCCUGAGAUCUGUCGGCUCUUCAUCCAGCUGCAGUGCUGUCUCGAGAUGUUCAUCACUGAGAUGCUCAAGUCUGUCUGCUUGCUGGGCUCCCUGCAGCUCCACAGGAAAGGUAAGGAUGGCUGCGGCCCCACUGGAGGGGACAAUAAGACGGAGGACAGCUCGGACAUCCCCAUCCUCGAGGAGACCUCCUCCUCCCCCACCGACUUUCCUCAGCUCUGCUGGCUGGUGGCCAAUGACAUAGAGAACAUUGAAAGGGAUAUGAGAGAGAUGAAAAACCUUCUCAGUAAACUCAGGGAGACAAUGCCUUUACCAUUGAAGAACCAAGACGACAGCAGUUUACUGAACCUGACUCCCUACCCUUUGGUCCGACAGAGGAAGAGGCGGUUCUUUGGGCUCUGUUGCCUGGUAACCAGCUAAGGGCCCCGCCUUUGUGGGUAGGAGGCGGUAACAAAGACACCAUUACCCACUGUCCUUCACCACUUGUGUCUCCCACCAAUCUAUUACUGCCAUUUUCAAAUAAAUUGUCUCUUUCUCUUUUUUUUAACGGCUGCCCAUUUUAUAAUUUUAUUUUGUAAUACAAAGAAGAAUUGUAACUGCAUUGUAAUGAAAACAAAAGUCAUGAACAUAUAUUUUAAGAUAUUUUGCAACAAACUUUCCCUUUUUUGGUCAAUUAAGUCAGAUAUCUGCUUGUCCAAUGUAAAAGAGAAUGAGAGGUUAUUUGAAAUAAUGUCAAUGUUCAUUACUUCCACAAACCUGGGUGAAUGAAAUGAAGAUUCAUGUUUUUAAAAAAGGGAAUAUAAUUGUCAGUUUUGUCAGAAACAAUGUGAUAACUUAUAAUUAGACGCCAAUCCAAUUCUUUAAGGACGGCGCUUGCAAAGACAAAGUUAUACCUUCGUAUGUCUAAGCUGAGAUGACAGGUUUGUGCAGAGUAAGUUUGUUGUGUGUUACAGUCUCUGUUUUCUGUUACUUGCUGUUUCUUCUUCUUAAUGUACUUAAUUUAGUCUUCCAUAAACCAAGUACCUGUAUCCAACUUAAACUUUUCCAGCUUCAGAAUGGAAUAUAUGAUACAAUACUCAAAAAGAAAAAUUCUUUGCACACAAUAUCUAUCUAUACAUUGAGACAUUAGACUUGUAUAUACACAUACUCUUUACGCACUGCUCUCUGAAUUAUUUUCAAGGAUGGAGAUGGUUAGCAGAGAUUCUGUUAGUUGGCAGAAGCAGGAAGGGUCUCCCUCUGUCUGAGGUGAGACAGCAUGGUCUUGCUUAUUAAUGAUAGUGAUCAAUGUUUAGGGCACGGUGGAGGUUCAGUAGUCAGAGCUGAUAUAGGUCAUUUUACAUUGUUAAUAAAAACUUUUGUUAUUGAAACUUA